AUGCAGAGCGACAAUGGAGUGGUCACAGUCGCGUCAAACUCAGCAGCGCAUACAUCACCAGGUCUGACUGAAGCUGCUGCGCCGUCAAAGGCAGACCUACUGCGUCAGUUUGCAGGUGCAGGCAACGCAUCUGAUGGCGGUCUUCUCGCGCAGUUGACAAGCAAUCCCUUCUUCACAGCGGGAUUUGGACUUGCGGGUCUAGGUGCGCUCGCGGCCUUUGCGCAACGAAGCGUGCGACAAGGAGCUGCCCUCCUUCGCCGACGGCUGCUCGUCGAUGUCGAGAUCAGCGUUCGAGAUGAUUCAUAUCCCUGGUUUCUCUACUGGAUGACAUUGCAUGAACGAGGGAGACUUAUGGAAAGAGCGGCGAAACAACUAGCAGACGGUACACCAGGAUCGAGGACGGGUGUAUUGGAAUCCAUCCUUCAGCGACUCACUCCAGGCAUGCGCCAUCUCGCGAUCGAGACCGAGAAGCGAGAACUGCCCAACGGGGCGAUUCACACCGAUUUUGUCCUCAUCCCCGGGCCCGGGCGACACAUCAUCCGGUAUAGGAAUGCUUGGAUAUCCGUGAACAGGCAGAGGGAGUCCAAACAAUUCUCCAUGGAUGGGAAACCUUGGGAAACGGUGACCCUGACGACGUUGUACUCGCACCGGCAUGUGUUUGAGUCUCUCUUCAAGGAAGCCCAUGACAUUGCGACGCAAUCUGUCGAGGGCAAGACGGUCAUAUAUACUGCCUGGGGCACCAAGUGGGACAAAUUCGGACACCCGCGAAGCAAGCGACCUCUUGAGUCCGUCAUUCUCGAUGAAGGCGUGAAAGAGCGGAUUGUUGCUGACGUGCAAGACUUUCUCUCGUCUUCCAAAUGGUACUACGAACGAGGUAUACCCUACCGGAGAGGCUAUCUUCUCUAUGGCCCACCAGGCACGGGCAAGUCCUCCUUCAUUCAGGCCUUGGCCGGCCAUUUGAACUAUGACAUUGCAAUGCUGAAUCUCAGUGAGCGAGGUCUGACGGAUGACCGACUGAAUCACCUCUUGACGGUGAUACCUCAGCGGACUCUGGUUCUGCUGGAGGACGUCGAUGCCGCGUUCGCCAACCGCCGCCAGGUGGAGGCUGACGGGUAUCAAGGCGCCAAUGUGACCUUUUCAGGCCUGCUCAAUGCUCUGGACGGCGUGGGGAGUGCGGAAGAGCGAAUCAUCUUCCUCACCACCAAUCACGUUGAUAGACUUGACGAAGCACUCGUCCGGCCUGGCAGAGUCGACAUGACUGUGCAUCUGGGCCCGGCGACUACAUACCAGAUCGAGCAGCUCUGGGAACGCUUCUAUGGCGAGGUCGAUCCGGAGGGCAAGUUCAAGAGUCGCUUUUUGGCCAAGCUCUCCGAGGUGGGCGUCCUCUCCCAUGCCUCUUCGCGCAACAGCCACACCAGUAUGGCAGCUUUGCAGGGAUUGUUCUUGUUCAAUAAGGGAGACCCUCAAGGCGCGGUGGAUAUGGCAUGGCAGCUGGCUCCGGGUGAGAUACCCAGCGCGUUGACGCCGACGCAGGACAGCGUGACUCAGUCGAGAUAA